CAGGCUUGCCGAGUCCUGGGACUGCUCUCGCUCCGGCUGCCACUCUCCUGCGCUCUCCUAGCUCCCUGCGAAGCAGGAUGGCCGGGACCGUGCGCACCGCGUGCUUGGUGGUGGCGAUGCUGCUCAGCUUGGACUUCCCGGGACAGGCGCAGCCCCCGCCGCCGCCGCCGGACGCCACCUGUCACCAAGUCCGCUCCUUCUUCCAGAGACUGCAGCCCGGACUCAAGUGGGUGCCCGAAACUCCUGUGCCAGGAUCAGAUUUGCAAGUAUGUCUCCCAAAGGGCCCAACAUGCUGCUCAAGAAAGAUGGAAGAAAAAUACCAACUAACAGCACGACUGAACAUGGAACAGCUGCUUCAGUCUGCAAGUAUGGAGCUCAAGUUCUUAAUUAUUCAGAAUGCUGCGGUUUUCCAAGAGGCCUUUGAAAUUGUUGUUCGCCAUGCCAAGAACUACACCAAUGCCAUGUUCAAGAACAACUACCCAAGCCUGACUCCACAAGCUUUUGAGUUUGUGGGUGAAUUUUUCACAGAUGUGUCUCUCUACAUCUUGGGUUCUGACAUCAAUGUGGAUGACAUGGUCAAUGAAUUGUUUGACAGCCUGUUUCCAGUCAUCUAUACCCAGCUAAUGAACCCAGGCCUGCCUGAUUCAGCCUUGGACAUCAAUGAGUGCCUCCGAGGAGCAAGACGUGACCUGAAAGUAUUUGGGAAUUUCCCAAAGCUUAUUAUGACCCAGGUUUCCAAGUCACUGCAAGUCACUAGGAUCUUCCUUCAGGCUCUGAAUCUUGGAAUUGAAGUGAUCAACACAACCGAUCACCUGAAGUUCAGUAAGGACUGUGGCCGAAUGCUCACCAGAAUGUGGUACUGCUCUUACUGCCAGGGACUGAUGAUGGUUAAACCCUGUGGCGGUUACUGCAAUGUGGUCAUGCAAGGAUGUAUGGCAGGUGUGGUGGAGAUUGACAAGUACUGGAGAGAAUACAUUCUGUCUCUUGAAGAACUUGUGAAUGGCAUGUACAGAAUCUAUGACAUGGAAAACGUACUGCUUGGUCUCUUUUCAACAAUCCACGAUUCUAUCCAGUAUGUCCAGAAGAAUGCAGGAAAGCUGACCACCACUGAAACUGCGAAGAAAAUAUGGCACUUCAAAAAUCCUAUCUUCCUCCUGUGUAUAGGGCUAGACUUACAAAUUGGCAAGUUAUGUGCCCAUUCUCAACAACGCCAAUAUAGAUCUGCUUAUUAUCCUGAAGAUCUGUUUAUUGACAAGAAAGUAUUAAAAGUUGCUCAUGUAGAACAUGAAGAAACCUUAUCCAGCCGAAGAAGGGAACUAAUUCAGAAGUUGAAGUCUUUCAUCAGCUUCUAUAGUGCUUUGCCUGGCUACAUCUGCAGCCAUAGCCCUGUGGCGGAAAACGACACCCUUUGCUGGAAUGGACAAGAACUCGUGGAGAGAUACAGCCAAAAGGCGGCAAGGAAUGGAAUGAAAAACCAGUUCAAUCUCCAUGAGCUGAAAAUGAAGGGCCCUGAGCCGGUGGUUAGUCAAAUUAUUGACAAACUGAAGCACAUUAACCAGCUCCUGAGAACCAUGUCUGUGCCCAAAGGUAGAGUUCUGGAUAAAAACCUGGAUGAGGAAGGGUUUGAAAGUGGAGACUGCGGUGACGAUGAAGAUGAGUGCAUUGGAGGCUCUGGUGAUGGAAUGAUGAAAGUGAAGAAUCAGCUCCGCUUCCUUGCAGAACUGGCCUAUGAUCUGGAUGUGGAUGAUGCGCCUGGAAACAAUCAGCAGGCGACUCCGAAGGACAACGAGAUAAGCACCUUUCACAACCUUGGGAACGUUCAUUCCCCGCUGAAGCUUCUCACCAGCAUGGCCAUCUCGGUGGUGUGCUUCUUCUUCCUGGUGCACUGACUGCCUGGUGCCCAGCACAUGUGCUGCCCUACAGCACCCUGUGGUCUUCCGCGAUAAAGGGAACCACUUUCUUAUUUUUUUCUAUUUUUUGUAUCCUGUAUACCUCCUCCAGCCAUGAAGUAGAGGACUAACCAUGUGUUAUGUUUUCGAAAAUCAAAUGGUUGGUAUCUUUUGGAGGAAGAUACAUUUUAGUGGUAGUAUAUAGAUUGUCCUUUUGCAAAGAAAAAAAACCAUCAAGUUGUGCCAAAUUAUUUUCCUAUGUUUGGCUGCUAGAACAUGGUUACCACGUCUUUCUCUCUCUCUCUCACUCCCUUUCUAUCUUUCUCUCUCUCUCUUUGCAUGGAUUUCUUUGAAAAAAAAAUAAAU